AUGGACGAAAGAGCGGUACACAGUCGCAAAACAAAAACUCAUAGCACUGAUGCAAAGAUACGACCUGUCUCACUGCUUUCUCACAUUGAAAGCAAAGACUCCACACGUAUCCACACAGGUUCUACUGAACUCGACAGGGUGCUGGGUGGUGGGUUGGUACGACAGUCUCUGGUGCUUAUCAGUGGAGAGCCGGGAAUAGGAAAAUCCACGCUCCUGCUUUCCCUUGCAGCAAAGCUAGGCGAGACCAGUGGGGGUGUUAAAGAAACUGUGCUGUAUAUUUCUGCCGAAGAAUCUGUAGAGCAGAUUAAGCUUCGCUCUAUACGACUGCGUAUGAAUAACUCAGCUAUACACACCAGUGAAGAGUACAGAGUGGAAAACAUAGAGGAGCACCUUACGGCACUUUGUCCUACUGUGCUUAUUAUUGAUUCAAUACAAUCGCUACGUAACGAGGCUUUAGGCAUGCAUACAGGAACCGUUACUCAACUACGAGCUAUUAUUAGCGCCUGCUAUGAAUGGUGCCAGCGCUUUCAUUGCACAAUAGUAAUUGUUGCUCAUGUUACAAAAGACGGUUCUAUUGCAGGUCCUAAAACAGUAGAGCAUAUGGUAGAUACAGUACUUGUGUUCGAGCAGAGCAAAAAUAACCUCCGCUUUCUCUAUUCUAAGAAAAAUAGAUUUGGUGCUGUAAAUGAGGUGGGGAUAUUCCAUAUGACAGAACACGGCCUGGAAGACCUGGAUAACGCAAACAAGUACUUUCUUGAAGAAAGAAAGGACGCAUGGCCAAGCGGUAUCUGCAUUACUAACACAUACGAGGGCUCACGCUCCUUUCUUGUGGAGAUUCAAGCGCUUACAGUAGCGGUAUUUUCUAAUAAUAGGGUGUUUAGCGAAAUAAUAAACCCCCAGCAAGUGUUUAAGCUUGCAGCAGUGCUAGAGCGACAUUGUCGCAUCCCAUUAUCUACCCAAAAUAUAUAUCUCAACACUGCGGGAGGCAUUAAAAUACAAGAAUCAGGGAUAGAGCUUGCUGUAGCACUGGCUCUCUAUUCUGCGUAUGCUGGCGCAGCGCUCCCUCUUAAUACCUGUGCUAUAGGAGAGGUAAGCUUAGCAGGAGAAAUACGUUCCGUACAGAAUUUUGAACAGCGCUGUAGACGGGCAGAGGAUUUUGGUAUACAAACAAUGCUCGUACCUGCGAAAGACAGUGCACAGUACCCCUUCUCCUCCGCCCGUUGCACACUGAUCCCUGUAUCAACAAUUGAUGAAGCUAUAGCUGCAGUCACAAAUAAAGAUAUGCAUACUACAAAAAAGUGA